CCUGCCCUGUGUCGUCCCCGGUCCGUCACCUUAGCGCGUCCCAAGCUGUCCCCGAUUGCCCCUCUCUGAGGUAAGUCUGUCUCUCUCUCAGUCUCUCCCCGAGCAGUGGGCAUCCAUGCACCCAGCAGACUAACGCCACUUGCAGCACCUGAUCUCCAUCUUUUUACUGGGUAAAGGCCCGUACUACUGGGCUGCGUCAGCGCAACCUGCCCUGCGUACCGUGGUUACGAAGUGACCGACACACGCUACCACUCUGCCUGCUGCUGCUCAGGUCCCUUUUUACUCCACCUCAACCCAUUGACACGGCACUCAUGUCAUUGCACCUCUCCUCCCACUCCAACUUCAAAACCUAAACCUCCCUUCUCCUUACCGUACCUACCGACCAACUUCGACUCUAUCCUCUGUCGAAACAAAACACUUCCAUCACCAAACGCACCCAAUCGACACGUCCCCCUAGAUCAUCAAAACAGCCGACAAACAGAUUGAAAGAGACACAGACCUCGUCAAGAUGUUGUUGAAAUCCCUCGCCGCCGCCGGCCUGGCGAUUACGGCCACGCAAGCCUUCGUCAUCGUACCCGAGAUCUCCGAAGCCGACAACGAAAUCGUCAAAACCCUCCCCUUCGUGGAGGCUUCCUCAGAUGUAGGCCUUGCGAGCCACCGUGUCAAGGUCGACUGCCCCGGCUGCCCCCUGACGAUGCGUCAACACGAUGGCCGCUACCACACAAUGACGGACCUUGACAACCACCUCGAGCUCACCUUCUCCAUCGAAACCGACACCACCGGCGUCGACCACCUCCUCGUCAACGACUUUGAGCUCUACCCUAAGCCUGCCUCGUGGUACAAGGCUCUCCGUGCUCCUCAGAUUCCCGACUUCGCAGAGGCCGCUACCAAGCACCCUCAAAACGCCGACCCCAACACCCCUCAACUGGGUUACAGCCUGGGCGUCCGCCCCAUCGCAAAGGAUAACGAGCAGGAGCUUGAGCUCAUCGAGGUUGACCUCCAGAUCAUCGAGGUCGGAAACAGCUUCGUCGCCGACGUCCCCAACGUUCAGGUCAAGCUCAUCAAGUCCCCUACCGGAAGCCUCAUGAUCGGCAAUGUCGAGCAAACCGAGACAUCCGUCCCGUCCCACAAGGAAGAGGAGGACCACGAGCCGCCUGCUGAGGACUGCACCACCUUCUACUGCAGAUGGCGCGCCGCCAUCUUGAGAAACAUGCGUGGCAUGAAGUGCGGAGGCCGCAAGCACGGAAGCAUGCGCGGACAGCACCGUCACGGACACCACUCUCACCACGCCGGCCAGAUGAGACACCACCACCACACCUGGGGUCAGCUGGCUAAGAACAUCACCUCCCACAUCCUGCUCCCGAUCCUCAUCGGCAUUGUUGCUGGCGUCAGUGUUAGCAUCAUUGGCAUGAUGGUUGGUACCUUCGUCGUUUGCCUGUGGCGCGUCUUCGUCCGCCACCAGGCCCCCUUCGCUCGCCGUCACUGCCGCCGCCGUGCCCGCAGGAACACGCAUCGCGAGGCCGGUGCCGUCGAGGAGAAGUCCGAACUCAUGGCUGAGUCCGCCGACCUUCCUCCCUACAAGGACGAGGAGGAGGACGUUCCCAAGACCGAGACGGCUCAGGUCUAGGAGAGCGACAUCAUAUUGGAACUGAACUUCAACUUGAAAAUCAACUCACGUGCGAAACUGAUGAUACCACUUUUCCUUUUACUCCUUAUCGUUGCUUUACAGAAAAAAUAACCAACACAAGAAAUCACUUAUCGAACCACCAAAAAUUGGACAAGAGAGGAAACUACACAUCUCAUAAAGAAGCGGCGUUUUUGUUUUUGCGUCGAUUUGUUUCUAGGGGCGGGAUUGGCAAAAAUUAGGAAUCUUUUCCCAACACGCAUCGAGCGUUUUACAGGACGCUCGGAGACGGAUCGUGUGCCGGACGUCUACACAUACACUCUCAUUUCCCCAUCAAGCGUUAUUGUUGUCAAACGGACGCCAUGAUAGCCGUAGAGGCAAGCUUUGGGGACUCGAAUUUGUUGUCAUAGGCUUCUCAAAAACUUACACUCCUUGAAUUGAUUCCUCUAAGCGAGCCAUAUUGGUAUUCCCUCCUGCCCGUGAUGUCUGACCAAGCUUCUAAAAGGAAGCCCGCGUGUAAACAUGAGGCUAAGUGACGUAAUUCCACUUUCUCCUUACACCAGUCUCACGCUACACCACAUGCCUACAUGAAGUCCAAGCUCUCUAGGAAACCUCUUCUCAGUCGUCGAGGAGCGGGAACAUCUCGUCCCGAGGUAACGCAUGAUGGAGGGAGUGAGUUGCUAUGGGAUGGAAAACUCUACCGGGAGGUGUCUGCAAGUGGGUGACAAAAUCGAUUUCCGCUCGACAUAUGCGACAAGCUGUUACACCACUAUUAUCACUAGCAUUAAAACCGCUAUAAGCAC